AUAUCUCAAGGACUUAAGCGUUUCUGAAGUGUAACACUGUACUCGAGGAAGAUUACAGGGGAGCACGCGAGUCAACGGAGGUUACACGAGGGGGCGGACAAAGAAUGCGAAAGGACUCGAAAGGUCGCAACUGGAGGUUGCGACUGACCGUUACAACAUCACGGAUGGGGAGCACGCGAGUCAACGGAGGUUACACGAGGGGGCGGACAAAGAAUGCGAAAGGACUCGAAAGGUCGCAACUGGAGGUUGCGACUGACCGUUACAACAUCACGGAUGUACAAGGGUUCAACUGCCUCAACUUCCGCUGCACUACUCCAAGUCUCAAGUCUUUACAGCUGGGACUUAAUCUCUGCAAAAGAUCCUAAAGGGUUUUUCUCAGCCCAACA